AUGGCUUCCAUCAAGAGCUCCCUCUUACUUGCCUCCCUCGCAAGCCUUUCUCUGGCCACACCUCUCCUUGAGAAGCAAUCGAAGCGUGCAGAACUACUGCCCUAUUACCUUGGCAAGCCGCACAGGUUUCGUAAUCUGCAAUGCGCAGCCACAGGCCUGGGUGGCCGCGUUCUUGACGAAAAGAUUUGCGGCACCCCGUACUUUUGCCUCUAUACUGCCGCUGCCAUCGACUGGGAGCUUGGGCACAACCAGUCAUACCCGACACAGGAGGCGUGUCUCAAGGAUCGUGAGCCCGCGCCAGAUGGUCAGCAAAAUGCUGAAGGGCCACAGGAAGGUUUGAUUCCUUGGAUGGAGCGGGCCGUCCACGACGGUCAUUCUUGUGGGAGGUAUGGUCUUCGCAGACCAUACAACGCCGUGAUUUACUGCGGCACCGAAAAAUAUUGCGAGAAAGUUGUCGAGAAGGGUACGGCGACUCUUGACGACUGCCUGGCAAUGUUCGAGAAGCGACCCGUAGGCCCUGAACACCCCGAGGAUCCCAAGUCUGAUACGCAGCUCUUUUAA